AUGUCGGCCUCCGUGCAGGCUCUCGAAUAUCUCGAGAGCCUGCCUGGUAUGGUCUUCACUAGGCUAUAUCAACAGCCCUCAACUGCUCUUGCAGUAUUCCGUCGAAUGCUACCCCAUUCGGCUAAGACAAUCGUAAUGGCCAUGUUGUACAUGACCUCACCUAUCCGAGAUGCCGACCUCCUGUGCUGGAUUCGACCGGAAGCGAAACCGGAAAAGGAACAAGCCAUCUCCAUCCUUGAGCGGCUACACAUCCUCAAGGUCUCAGAUCUCCAAGGGGCACGAGCCUACCGAUUAGCCACCAACUUCGGACAGUCGCUCCAGCAAGCACUGACUGGUGGAGGAACCAAAGCCUCCUUCGGCGUCCCCUGCGGUACACCCGGCAGCAGGACAGUCGAUGUUCAAUUUCUGGAUACAUUUGCUCGAGGAAGAUGGGAGGCGAUCCUUUACUACAUGGUCGGAAGUGCUGGCGCCGGUCUCGGCGGAGACACCCCGAUUGCGAACGGGACGAAGCAACUGCUGGAAGAAGGCAAUUUCGUCGCGAUGAAAGGAGGGUAUCCAGUUAUCUCCCAAGAAGGCUUUACAUUCCUCUUGCAGGAUGUAAAUUCUCAAGUAUGGCGAUUAAUGAUCGUAUAUCUGGAAGGAACUGACGAGCGCCACAUGGAUCACGUCGAUGUUCUGUCUUUCCUAUUUACCCUAGGAAGCCUUGAGCUUGGACAAGACUAUCGCACCCAGAAUCUCACCGCCACUCAGCGAACCUUUCUUGACGACCUUGCGGAUCUCGGUAUCGUUUAUAUGAGCGAACCAAACCGGUUCUACCCUACCCGGCUCGCGACCACUCUGACUUCCGACGCUGGCGCCUUGUUGUCUAGUUCAUCCUUCGGGUCUAAUAUGCCUUCGCACUCGCCUGCAAGCAAGGGGUACAUCAUCGUCGAAACCAACUACCGACUCUACGCAUACACCGCCUCCGUCCUCCAAAUCGCCAUCCUCAACCUUUUCUCCAACCUCUCCCGCCGCUUUCCGAACCUCGUCUCCGGAAAACUGACCAAGCAAUCCAUCCAACGCGCCAUCAGCUACGGCAUCACUGCCGAGCAAAUCAUCUCCUACCUCACCGCGCACGCACAUCCUCAAAUGCAGAAAAGCAAACAGAUCCUCCCGCCCACCGUCGUCGAUCAGAUCCGACUCUGGCAGAUCGAAGGCGACCGAAUGAGCUCUACUAACGGGUUCAUCAUGAAGGAUUUCCGCGACUUCGCGGAAUACGAGGAUGCGAUGAAGUAUGCCGACGCGCUGGGGGUGCUGGUGUGGAAAAGUGCGGCGAAGCGGUGCUUCUUCGUCAGCAAGCUGGAGCAGAUGCAGACGUAUUUCAGUAAUAAAAAGCAGGAGCAGAGACCGGGAUGA